GAGACGUAAGUGUCAAAAUUUUGCAGGACAGGAAGACACAUGCAAACGCUGUUUACAAUUUCCCUACUCCGACGAUAUCCCUGUGUUUGUUGUUUUGCAGUGUUGUUUUGGUUUGGACCACCUGCUCUUUUUCACAUUCGUACAAUGUCUUCCGAUACCGCGGGUGCCGUGUUACUGUUGUGUUUGUGAUCAUAAAGAGCUUAAGUUUCUGUGUACAACGGGUGUGAUUUGCGUAACGUAAAUCGCUAUGGGCGCAAAAGCGAGUACCGCAAAUGGAGGGCAGAGUCCACGUACGAGGACAUUCUCCACGAGCUCCAGCUCGGAGGUCGUAUCCGGGGGUGCCGGGUUUAGUUUACUGCGCGCAAUACCCGGGAUUCAAGUGUCGAACGACCGUCAGCGAGCCAGGUCGUUGUCUUCUGUGCCAGAUCUUCACGCUUCGCAUGAGGCAAUCGCGAUUCCGCCAAAUUCGCAGAGCUACGAGGCAUCGGCUGCUGCGAGCCCCGACACGGACUCUAGUUCAAAUGAGGAGGCUGGCCCGGUCGCCGGCACUUCCCUGUCGCUCGGCAGGGUUUAUGCGGCUCACUCCUUGCCUUCACAUAUCUGGUCAAUAAAUGGCAUAAAAUGUCCUGUGUGCAGCAAGUUCGUGCUGCCGGACGAUAUAGAGUGCCACCUCGUCAUGUGCCUCACCAGGCCUCGUCUCUCAUACAACGAGGACGUGCUCAGCGACUCGAAGGGGGAAUGCGUGAUCUGCCUGGAGGAGCUGUCAGCGGGAGACACUAUCGCGCGCCUGCCAUGCCUCUGCAUCUACCAUAAAGGAUGUAUAGACCAAUGGUUUGAAGUGAACAGAUCGUGCCCCGAGCACCCCGGCGACUAGUGGCCGCGCGACCACCCCGGCCACCUCGGCCACCCGGGCCACGCCGGCCACGUGGGCCACGUGUGCCACGCCCGGCCAUGCCACGUGCCAUGUCGCGAGUGAUAAUUUUAUACAAUGAACGGACUACGCCCUCGGAGGGUCUUGUAAAUAAACAUAUGCUAGUGAGAUGUUUUACCAUUUAAUUAACUAAAAAAAAAAAUAAAAAUAAAACAAAGACAAUUAUAGUAAAACGCUAUGGGGAAAUUCUCGGUGGAGUAUUAAUAAUACUAUUAAUUGUAAAUUUUACAUCGUUACUGUUUAGUUGAUGCAAGUAUAUAUAUAUAUAUAUAUAUAUAUAUAUAUAUAUAUAUAUAUAUAUAUAUAUAUAUAUAUAUAUAUAUAUAUAUAUAUAUAUAUAUAUAUAUAUAUAAAUAUAAUAGUUUGUUUUUAUUAUUUGAUAUAUGUAUGUAUAAUAUUCGAGACACAUUGUGUAUUGAUGGAAGCCAGGUUCGUUUGCAGUACGGUAUAAUAAAUGCAAGGGUUACGUUUAGUGCGGUCUCUGUGAUCUAGCAGCUGUUACAUAUCUGUUUCGUAAGCUUAUAGUAUAAUAAAUAUAUGAUUUGAUCUUUUUCAUCUUGAUAAUAAACUUGAUUUGUUUCUAAAUUUUC